AUGUUUGCCCCAGGUGCGUAUCGGAGCUCACUUCUUCUUUCAAUCCCAUCAUCUUCGCGAUGUAUCAGCUUCCCCAAAAGAAAUCCCAAACUGACACAAUCCGUUUCAGGCCAGGAACCCCAGCUCUCCAAGGAGGACCUCAAGGCCGGUGAGGUCGAGGCCUGCCAGACCGUUCAGAUGGCUAUCGCCGGCGGUAUCCUUCUCUACCUGUCUCCCUUCGCCAUCGACUUCGCCAAGAAGUUCCUCUAA